AACAUCACGAUCCACAGACGUUCCUGUCUAACCUCAUCUCAUCUGUCCAUCUACAUAGAAACAAGAAGGAGCUCAAAGCGGGCCCACCUCCACCUUGAACUUGUCUGUCACACCUACAUCACAUCUCAUCAUUGUUUUACAGCUCUCAUACACGUCCUGAACAAUUCCAAAGUCCUUCUGCCACUAAAGACUUCCUUAUACAAGCAAUUACUCCUCUUUCUGGACUCUUUCAACACAUGAUAGUCGACAUUUUGUGACAACAAAACAUUCAAAACACAUCUCCUAUAUGUCCAUCAUGACGUAAUUUUAGUUUGGUUUGUUUCGAAGUCAAUUUCCAGAACAAUAAGGGAAAUCAUUCAUGAUAAUCAUCACAUCUGUCAAGUUCAAGAACAUCUGUGAACACGAGUGAACAUGUAUUGUCUUUUUUCCCUCAAACGUGGAGACAAAAGCUCUUCUGGUGGUUGUUCAUUGUGACCAGUUCCAGAUAAAGCUCCAUUCUCCCAGGCACUGACACAGCACAUCACUGCCUUUCACAUCCCUUUACCUGCAUGUUCCUCAAACCUGCUGCAGCUCGGUGAAGAGAAGGACCGCUCAGAUUCCUGAUGACCAUCUUGCUGAAGAGGAACACUCAUUUGAAACAUGAGGGCUGCAGAGCUGCUGAUCCUGGCCGGGCUGUGCGCUCUGCUCUGUGUUACAUCGUCACUGAAAAUCUGUGCCUUUAAUGUCCAGAGUUUUGGGCCAUCAAAAGCAAACAACCAGAAAGUUAUGACUAUUCUACUCAAGAUUCUCUCGCGGUGUGAUUUGUGUCUCAUUCAGGAGGUCCGAGACUCCAAAGGAGCAGCUGUUCAAGCUUUAGUGGAGGAACUUAACAAAUUUGAUGGAUCCAACACCUAUUCCUAUCUGGAGAGUGAAAGGCUGGGGAAAAACAGCUACAAAGAGCAGUAUGUCUACAUUUACAGGAGCAAUGUCCUGAAAGUGAAGGACCAUUAUCAGUAUCCUGAACUGGAGGGAGAAGACCCAAAUGAAACAAAUGUUUUCUCCAGAGGACCUUUCAUCAUCCGCUUUCAAUCUCCCACCACACUGGUGAAGGACUUUGUCCUGAUCGGACACCACACUAGUCCCAAAACCGCCAUGAAGGAGAUCGAUGAACUGUACACGGUUGUCAACAGGGUUCACCAAAAGUGGAAUACGGAUAAUGUGAUCAUCUUGGGGGACCUGAAUGCUGGCUGCGCCUACGUCACCAUGAAGGGUUUGAGGGACGUCCGUUUGAAGAGUGACCCCAAAUAUCACUGGUUAAUCAGAGACGAUCAAGACACCACAGUGAGGGAAAAGAUGCAAUGUGCUUAUGACAGGAUCAUCGUGCACGGACGUGAAAUUCUGUCCAGCAUUGUACCAGAUUCAGCUCAACCAUUCAACUUUAAAGAGGAAUUUCAUCUUUCAGAGGCAGAGGCUCUUGAGGUGAGCGACCAUUUUCCUGUAGAAGUUGAGCUGAAGCCCACCCACCGUUACCUGCUCCGCAAUGAACUGUAGAUCCAUCUGCAAGACAACCGACUGUUUUUUAAAUUGAUUUUAAUGAAAUAAAGUUUUU